UGAACCUAGACCCGCGGACAUUCCUCUCUGCCCGCUGGUCAAUUCGGAUGGUCUCAUGUCGCAAAACGGAGAUGAUCCUGAGCAGCGCCAGCAGGCGUCAGAGGCGGACGCCAUGGCAGCGACCUUCCGGGCGAGCGAACACCAGCAUAUUCGCUACAAUCCGCUCCAGGAUGAGUGGGUGUUAGUGUCGGCCCAUCGCAUGAAGCGGCCCUGGCAAGGACAAGUGGAGCCCCAGCUUCUGAAGACAGUGCCCCGCCAUGACCCACUCAACCCUCUGUGUCCCGGGGCCACCCGAGCCAAUGGGGAGGUGAAUCCACACUAUGAUGGCACCUUCCUGUUUGACAAUGACUUCCCAGCUCUGCAGCCCGAUGCUCCCGAUCCAGGGCCCAGUGACCAUCCUCUUUUUCGAGCAGAGGCCGCCAGAGGAGUUUGUAAGGUCAUGUGUUUCCAUCCCUGGUCGGAUGUGACGCUGCCGCUCAUGUCAGUCCCUGAGAUCCGAGCCGUCAUCGAUGCCUGGGCCUCAGUCACGGAGGAUCUGGGUGCCCAAUACCCUUGGGUGCAGAUCUUUGAAAACAAAGGAGCCAUGAUGGGCUGUUCUAACCCCCACCCCCACUGCCAGGUUUGGGCCAGCAGUUUUCUGCCAGAUAUUGCCCAGCGUGAAGAGCGAUCCCAGCAGAGCUAUCACAGCCAGCAUGGAGAGCCUCUAUUACUGGAGUAUGGCCGCCAAGAACUCCUUAAGAAGGAACGUCUGGUCCUAUCUAGUGAGCACUGGCUAGUCCUGGUCCCUUUCUGGGCAGUGUGGCCUUUCCAGACACUACUGCUGCCCCGCCGGCAUGUACGGCGGCUACCUGAGCUGACCCCUGCUGAACGUGAUGAUCUAGCCUCCAUCAUGAAGAAGCUCUUGACCAAGUAUGACAACCUUUUUGAGACAUCUUUUCCCUACUCCAUGGGCUGGCAUGGAGCUCCCAUGGGAUUAAAGACUGGAGCCACCUAUGACCACUGGCAGCUACAUGCUCAUUACUACCCCCCACUCCUGCGUUCUGCUACUGUCCGGAAAUUCAUGGUUGGCUAUGAAAUGCUUGCCCAGGCUCAGCGGGAUCUCACUCCUGAACAGGCUGCAGAGAGACUAAGGGCGCUUCCUGAGGUACAUUACUGCCUGGCAAAGAAAGACAAGGAAACGGCAGCCGUUGCUUGACCAUGAUGACAGCAGAGCCUUAAAUCUUUUUGCCUGAGAGAACUGGGACCUGGAAUUUGGGCAGAUGUGACAUCAAUAAAACUACAUUUCAAAUUUUAA